AGAUCUAGUCAGAAUCAGUCCCCUAAUCCCCAAAAAUCCCCAAUACACUACAAGUACCACAAUUGCUGUGUGGUUUUUUCUGUAAUUUGCAAUCCAUGCAAUCAUGGCUGAUCGGUUGAAGGACCAAGCGGCCAGUCAACAGCCAGACGAUGAGCCCACAGAGGAGCAACUGAUCGCCGAUGCCUAUGCCAAUGUCAAGGUACUGGUGGAGGCUGGCGAUCAGACGGGCUAUCUGCAGAUACAGCCAACGGAGGUGCACAGGUUCAUGCUGGCCAGCUACGACGAUGUGCUGGUCGAGAAGUACACCGAGGCGAAACCGCAGGAGCUCAGCAAGUGGGAAACGGCCACUGCCUUGGCACCGCUGCUCAAUCGCAUUGAGCCGCAGGACGAGCAGCAGUUGGGCAAAAUCCAACUAGAUCCGGUCACGGGCAAGCGCUACAUGUUGGUGCCCAUCGAAGUCAAUGUUCUUGUCGAUGGCGAGAAGUUUUGCAACAUAUUUGAAUAUUUGCAGGCACGGCAGAAGAAGCACGAGAAGGCGUUGCAGGUGAAGAAGGAGGCGCUUGUGGAUAUGGCCAUUGAAGCCACAGCACAGAAAACAGUCAGGCAGCUGGUGGAUCAGGAGAACACUCCAAAGGAAGAGACUCCGAAGAAAGCACAGAAGAGCCCCAAGAAGGCGUCUCAGAGGAUGAGCCUCAAGGAGCGGCUUGCAAGGAGGAGCCAGAAGAAGCAGCUUCAAGGGGAGCAGACUCCACAGGAAGAACCACAAGGGCAGACUUCAAAGGAGUCCCAGCGCCUGGUCGACUACAAGGCGGAGGUCGUUGUGCCCCCCAUAAUAUUCUCCGUCGAAGCGGGCCUCGGCCAAGAGGCACAGCAGCAUGCGACGGAGCCAGCAGCUUCUUCCAAUCAACAGGAACAGAAGAACACUCCAAAGGAAGAGACUCAGAAGAAAGCACAGAAGAGCCCCAAGAAGGCGUCUCAGAGGAUGAGCCUCAAGGAGCGGCCUACAAGGCGGAGCCAGAAGAAGCAGCUUCAAGGGGAGCAGACUCCACAGGAAGAACCACAAGGGCAGACUUCAAAGGAGUCCCAGCGCCUGGUCGACUACAAGGCGGAGGUCGUUGUGCCCCCCAUAAUAUUCUCCGUCAAAGCGGGCCUCGGCCAAGAGGCACAGCAGCAUGCGACGGAGCCAGCAGCUUCUUCCAAUCAACAGGAAGAAGAGAAGCAAGUCUAGUCGCAGCUCUCACUCUCACUCACUUCGGACUCAAAGCAGAAGCCAGAGGAGAGCAGAAUGGCCUAGAGAACCGCCGGGCAGCAGAGCAGAAUGGAUUACGGCUCUAAGCCAUUCUGUUGU